AAUGUCUCAAUUCUCUUGGCAAUAAAAAACAUUAGAGGGUUAGAUAGUGUGAGACGAUAAUAAAAGCUGUUAGGAGAGAGAGGGGGAGAAAUUACACUCUCAAUCUCUUUCCUGAUUAGGAAAAAACUCAUGGCUUCGAGUAUGUCGUUGGAAGAUAUUAGAAAUGAAACAGUUGACCUUGAGAAUAUCCCCAUUGAAGAAGUAUUCCAAGAGUUGAAAUGUACAAGGGAUGGUUUGACAUCGGAUGAAGGAGCCAAAAGGCUCCAGAUUUUUGGACCAAAUAAACUUGAGGAGAAAAAGGAGAGCAAAUUCUUGAAGUUCUUAGGGUUCAUGUGGAAUCCUCUAUCAUGGGUCAUGGAGCUUGCUGCCAUCAUGGCCAUUGUUUUGGCCAAUGGAGGGGGCAAGCCUCCAGAUUACCCAGACUUCAUUGGUAUUGUUGUGCUCCUAAUCAUCAACUCUACCAUUAGUUUCAUCGAAGAAAAUAAUUCAGGAAACGCUGCGGCUGCCCUUAUGGCCGGCCUUGCUCCCAAAACUAAGGUUUUGAGAGAUGGUAAAUGGUCUGAGCAAGAUGCCUCAAUCCUUGUUCCAGGAGACUUGAUCAGCGUCAAGUUGGGGGAUAUUAUCCCGGCUGAUGCUCGUCUCUUGGAAGGUGAUCCUUUGAAGAUUGACCAAUCGGCCCUCACUGGGGAAUCCCUUGCGGUAACCAAGCACCCUGGUGAUGAAGUGUUCUCUGGUUCCACUUGCAAGCAAGGUGAAAUUGACGCCGUGGUCAUUGCCACUGGUGUUCACACCUUCUUCGGUAAAGCUGCUCAUCUUGUUGAUAGCACCAACAAUGUUGGACACUUCCAAAAGGUGUUGACUGCCAUUGGGAACUUUUGUAUCUGCUCCAUUGCUUUGGGGAUGGUGAUUGAAAUUAUAGUAAUGUACCCUAUCCAACACAGAAGGUACAGAGAUGGAAUUGACAAUCUAUUGGUGUUGCUCAUUGGAGGUAUCCCUAUUGCUAUGCCGACAGUCUUAUCCGUGACCAUGGCUAUUGGAUCUCAUCGCCUAUCGCAACAAGGCGCCAUCACUAAGAGGAUGACAGCUAUUGAGGAAUUGGCUGGAAUGGACGUACUUUGUAGUGACAAGACUGGAACCCUUACCCUCAACAAACUCACUGUCGACAAGAAUUUGAUUGAGGUGUUCCCAAAGAACGCCGACAAAGACACUGUUGUAUUGCUUGCUGCUAGGGCUUCCAGAAUUGAGAACCAAGAUGCCAUUGAUGCUUCAAUCGUCAACAUGCUUAGUGAUCCUAAGGAGGCAAGAGCAGGAAUUAUUGAGGUGCAUUUCUUACCCUUCAACCCAGUGGAGAAACGUACUGCCAUUACCUACUAUGACUCUAAUGGAAACUGGUACCGAUGCAGCAAGGGUGCUCCUGAGCAAAUCAUUGAACUUUGUCAACUCAAAGGUCAGAUUCUAAAGAAGGCUCAUGAGAUCAUUGACAACUUUGCAAAUCGUGGUCUUCGUUCUCUUGCUGUUGCACGACAGACUAUCCCAGAGAAAAACAAAGAGAGUGCUGGUGAUCCUUGGGAGUUUGUGGGCUUAUUGCCUUUGUUUGACCCCCCAAGGGAUGAUAGUGCAGAGACUAUCAAGAAAGCUCUUGACCUUGGUGUGAAUGUGAAGAUGAUCACCGGUGACCAGCUGGCUAUUGGAAAAGAGACUGGUCGUAGGCUUGGAAUGGGUACCAACAUGUAUCCAUCUUCCAGCCUUCUUGGCCAGAGCAAGGAUGAGUCUAUUGCUUCGAUGCCCGUUGAAGAGCUCAUAGAGAAGGCCGAUGGCUUUGCUGGAGUCUUCCCAGAGCACAAAUAUGAGAUUGUGAAGAAGCUUCAAGAGAGGAAACACAUUUGUGGUAUGACUGGAGAUGGGGUGAAUGAUGCUCCAGCACUCAAGAAGGCAGACAUUGGCAUUGCUGUAGCAGAUGCAACUGAUGCUGCUAGGAGCGCAUCGGACAUUGUUUUAACUGAGCCUGGGCUUAGCGUGAUUAUAAGCGCAGUACUUACAAGCCGAGCAAUCUUCCAGAGAAUGAAGAAUUAUACUAUUUAUGCAGUUUCCAUCACCAUCCGUAUUGUCAUGGGAUUCAUGCUCAUUGCCCUCAUUUGGAAGUUUGACUUCUCACCUUUUAUGGUGUUGAUCAUCGCUAUCCUGAAUGACGGCACCAUCAUGACCAUCUCCAAGGACAGGGUGAAACCAUCUCCACUACCCGACUCGUGGAAGCUCAAGGAAAUAUUUGCCACUGGCAUUGUCCUUGGGACCUAUAUGGCUAUCAUGACCGUCAUUUUCUUCUUCCUCGCAUCUGAUACGGACUUCUUCUCCGAUACGUUUAAGGUGAGAUCAAUCAGGAACCACCCCGAGGAGCUUACUGCUGCCCUUUAUCUUCAAGUGAGCAUUAUUAGUCAGGCACUCAUUUUUGUCACGAGGUCAAGAAGCUGGUCAUUUAUUGAACGCCCUGGUCUCUUGCUUGUCGGAGCUUUCUUGAUCGCUCAAUUGUUGGCUACUAUUAUUGCUGUGUAUGCACACUGGGAAUUCGCAAGAAUUAAGGGCAUUGGAUGGGGCUGGGCUGGAAUCAUCUGGAUCUACAGUAUUAUCACUUACAUCCCACUUGACAUUAUCAAGUUUGGAAUUCGCUUUGCAUUGAGCGGCAAAGCUUGGGAUUCCAUGAUCCAAAAAAGGAUUGCUUUCACCACCAAGAAGGAUUACGGUAAGGGUGAGAGGGAAGCACAGUGGGCAAUUGCUCAACGAACGCUUCAUGGCCUCUCUACCACUGAAUCUUCUGAAUUGUUCAAUGACAAAAGCUAUAGGGAACUGUCUGAAAUUGCAGAGCAGGCAAAGAGAAGGGCUGAAGUUGCAAGGCUAAGGGAACUCCACACUCUUAAGGGACACGUUGAGUCAGUCGUCAAGCUCAAGGGAUUGGACAUUGAGACCAUCCAACAACACUACACUGUAUAAGAAUAUGGGCAAGAAUCAUGGUCGACUGUUGAACAAGAGAGGGGAUGCAAAGUGAAGAUUGCUACAAGAAAAUUGAUCUUAUGCUACAGCUAUUUAUACUAGAAAAAAACAUCAAUUCCCAAAAGUUGUUAGUUAAUGACUACAAAAUCAAAUUUGUAACAAAAGGUGCUGUAGAACAACGACAUUUUCGUUUUUACUAGGGAUACAUAGUGUUAUCAUAAACUUGUCUUUUGUAUGGUCUAGAAAAUACAGAACGACAUCACUUUUGUAAUAAAGAAAAACUUGAUUUUUGUUACAAAGUUGGCUCCAAAAUUUUAUUUUC